AUGGCUGACGAUGACUGCCUGUACAACAAUGAAGCUGCACCGCUAUUACCAGAUGCAGAGCGCCACGAAUUCAAAGGCCCAGUGGACAGCUGGUGGGCAGAAGUAUGGCUUCUAGCAGAAUACUCCCUCCCUCUCAUCGCGACCUACCUCCUGCAGUACUCCUUCACCGUUAUAACGACCUUCGUGGCGGGCCACCUCGGCGCGGAGGACCUCGCGGCCGCCAGCAUCGGCGUCACGACGAUGAAUAUUGUGGGCCUGUCCAUCUUCGAGGGCAUGGCGACAGCCCUCGACACGCUAUGCGCCCAGGCCUAUGGCUCUGGCCACGCCACGGGCGUCGGACUUCACGUCCAGCGCAUGCUUCUCCUCAUGCUUCUCGCCGCUCUCCCCAUCGGCGCCAUUUGGCUGUGCUCGCCCUCGGUCCUGCCCCUGUUCGUCCGACAGCGAGAGCUCGCCGUUAAGGCGGGCGCCUUCUUGCAAGUCAGUCUGAUCGGACUGCCCGGGUACGCAUCGUUCGAGGCCGGCAAGCGAUUCCUGCAGGCACAAGGUGAUUUCCGCACCGGCAUGGUGAUCUUAAUCAUCUGCGCGCCGGUCAACAUCCUGCUGGCGUGGAUCUUCGUCUUUAAGCUCGAGAUGGGCCUCAGCGGCGCCGCGCUGGGCGCCGCCCUCACUAACGACCUCCGCGUCGUCCUUCUCCUCCUCUACAUCGUCGUCUUCGGGACGUGGUCGCACAAAUGCUGGGGAGGCGUCUCACACAGUACCCUCUUCCGGGACUGGAGUCCGAUGGUGCAGCUGUCUCUUGCGGGCUCGGCCCUGACGCUGGCGGAGUGGGCGGCAUUCGAGAUCCUGACCUUUAGCACCUCGUACGUUAGCACCGUGCACCUCGCCGCGCAGACGAUCCUGACCACCAUGUCGGUGAUCGUCUGGCAUGUUCCUUUCUCCGUCAGCGUCGCUGUUAGCACGCGCGUCGGCCAUCUGAUCGGUGCGGGCCGGGUGUUGACCGCUCGGCGGGCCGUGGUGCUCUACGGUGUUGUGUUUACGGCGAUUGGGAUCUGCGAUGGUGCCUUCCUCAUCUUGUUACGUGACCGUCUCGGACCAAUCUUCUCGGAUGAUGCCAUUGUCCAGGAUAUCGUCGCUAAGUCCAUGUAUGCGGUCGGUGCAUUCCAAGUCUUCGACGCCAUCAUCUGCGGAUGCAACGGAACACUUCGGGGUCUCAGUCGCCAAUCUGUUGCCGCAUGUGUCGUCUUCGCAGUUGAUUACCUAGUAGCGGUCCCUUUCGCGAUCUGGCUGGAGCUCGGCCGGCUGCACUUGGAUUUGAACGGUGUCUGGAUCGGUCUUGGCUUGGGAAUGGUUGUCAUUGCCAUCAUCGAGUGUACCUACAUGAAACUUAUAAGUUGGCAAGACUGUGUCAACAGUGUGCGGUUGAGAGAGGAGACGUAA